AUGCCCUCUCGCUCUUCCUCCUCCUCCUCCUCCACCGUGCGCGUGGCGUGGAGCCUGGCGCGGGGCGUGUGCGGGAGCGAGGCCGAGUGCUGGGGGGGCCCCGGGGGGGCGGGGGGCGAGGGGCCGCGCCCGUUCCCUCAGCUCUGCCCCCUGCAGGUGCAGCUCGGCGACCGGCUGCUCUUCUCCCCCCUGGACCCGGCGCUGGCGGCCUACGGCGUCCGCCCGCUCGCCGUCUCCGAGGAGGACUUCCGAACCUGUGCCCCCCACGGCGGGAACGCCGACGGGACGGCGGAAGCGGAGACGGAGCCACUGCCCGCCGGCAACCGCUAUUUCUCCUCCGUCCACCAGGGCGGCGCCAAUCUCUGCGGGGCGGGCCUGCGGCUCAACGUCACCGUGAAGGGGCACCGGUGCCGCGGGGCCCCCUCCGAACCGCUCUGCUCGGGCCGGGGGGCCUGCCGGAGCCUGCCGCGGGACCCCGAGUACCGGUGCCGGUGCCCCGCCCCGUUCUCCGGAGAGUUCUGCGAGCGGUCGGACCCGUGCGUCCCGACCCCCUGCGCGUACGGGGCGGCCUGCGUGAGCGCGGGGCUCGGGUACGAGUGCCUGUGCCCCUCCCACCUCACAGGUGUAAACUGUUCUGAAGUGAUUGGGAAUUGUGACAAAGGAUGUCUCCGUGGAAGAUGCCAUCAGGUGACUCCAAACUCCUUCCGCUGCAUCUGCGAUCCAGGACACACGGGUCCCCUGUGCGAGGAGCGGGCGGGCCGCUGCGCCUCGGCGCCGUGCCGAAACGGAGCCGCGUGCAGAGACGGCGCGGACGGCUACGCGUGCGAGUGCCCGGAGCGCUUCACGGGCCGCCACUGCGACGUCCAGCUCCAGCGCCGCUGCGCGUCGCCCGGGUGCCAGAGCGAACCGGACUGCCUCACCGAGCCAAACAACCGCGCGUGUGUCUGCGCAGACGGCGUCGCGGACGCGCGGUGCAGGGACCGCCGCGGGGCCUGCCAAUCAGAGCCCUGCCUCAACAACGGCAUCUGCCUGCCACAGGGGGAGGAGUACCGCUGCAGGUGCCCCAGAGGCCUCGCCGGAGAGAACUGCGAGAAAAUGGCCGACCGCUGCGGGCAGCUGAACGUCACCUGCCUGAACGGCGGACUGUGCCUGAACACCGUCGAUGGACACAGCUGUCUGUGUGCCCCCGGAUGGACGGGCGACGCCUGUCAGCACGUGGAGGACUGCUUGAUCCACCCCGGCCGCUGCCUCCACGGUGCCACGUGCGUGGACACCAGCCUGCCGUGGACGGCCCCCCAGUACCGCUGCUCCUGCCCCCAGGGCUACACAGGGGCCCACUGCGAGACGGAGCUGAAGGAGUGCGACUCCGCCCCCUGCCUGCACGGCGGGACCUGCACGGACCUGGCGGGCGGCUACAGAUGCACCUGUCCCGCGGGGUUUUUGGGCGAGAACUGUGAGGUGGAUGUUGACGCCUGUGUCCUGCCAAACACCACCUGCCCCCCAGGAGCCCUGUGCGUGGACCUGCCCGAGGGGCUUCAGUACACCUGCCGCGUGCCCUGCCCACCCCACACACAGCCGUGCGCCAACGGGGGGCGCUGUUUCCUGGACGACGCCGGCGGACGCGGCUGCGCGUGCGCCCCCGGGUGGACCGGACACGCCUGUCUGGAGGACGUGAACGACUGCGAGAAGCACUGGUGUCAGAACGGGGCCACCUGCGUGGACGAGGUCGACGGCUACAGGUGCCUGUGUCUCCAUGGCUUCACUGGGCCCUACUGUGAGCAGGACGUAGAUUUCUGCGUCGGAAACCUGUGCUCCGAGCACGGCACGUGCCUCGACCAGCGGAACAACUACACGUGCCGCUGCAUGCUGGGAUACGAGGGGAGGCACUGCGAGCGGGAGACGGACGAGUGCCGGAGCUCGCCGUGCGGGGGCGGGGCCUCCUGCGUGGAUGCGGUCGGGGGCUUCCUCUGCCUCUGCCCCCCCGGGUUCGAAGGUGGAACAUGCGAGGAGACUGCGAAUCACUGCCGGUCUACACCCUGUCUGAACCAAGGGACCUGCGUGAAUCUGAUCAAUAACUACACUUGUGUUUGCCCUCCCGGUCUGACUGGGCGGUUUUGUGAAGCGGAGACGGGCGCCUGCGAGGACAGCCCCUGCGGGCCCUUCGGUGUCUGCAGAGACGCCCCGGGCGGCCACCGCUGCUUCUGCGCGCCCGGCUUUAUCGGCACUGAAUGCCAGAUUGAGGUAGACGAGUGUCUGAGUGGACCCUGCCGAAACGGCGGCUCCUGCGUCGAUGAGCUGGACGGCUUCAGCUGCCUCUGCCCAGCUGGGCUCACAGGCUACUCAUGCGAAAUCAACAUAGACGAGUGUCACUCAUCGCCCUGUCGCCAUGGCGCCGCGUGCCGCGACCUCGUCGGCGGCUACGAGUGCCUGUGCCUCCCCGGCUUCGAGGGCGCAGAGUGUCAGGUGGACGUUGACGAGUGCCUCUCCUCUCCGUGCCAGAGCGGGGCGGCCUGCAUUGACCAGCCUGGUAAUUACGCCUGCCAGUGCGUGGCUCCAUUCAAAGGUGUGAACUGCGAGCCCUCGCCGUGCGAGGCCGGUGGCCGCUGUGAGAACGGAGGGGAGUGCGUGGAGGAGCGCGACCGCGCCCUCUUCCCCCUGGGGUCCCGCUGCCGCUGCCCCCCCGGGUUCGCGGGACCCCGCUGCGAGCUCGACGUGAACGAGUGCGGCUCCGCCCCCUGCCUCCACGGAUUCUGCUACGACGUCGUAGGUGGAUUUUACUGCCUCUGCGAUCCCGGCUACGCUGGAGCGAGAUGCGAGAGGGGUAUCGACGACUGCGUCGGCAACGCGUGCCAGAACAACGCCACCUGCAGGGAUCUGCAUCUGGGGUACCAGUGCCUCUGCCAGCCCGGCUGGGAGGGCGAACUCUGCGACCGGGAGACAGACGAGUGCUCCUCGGGACCCUGCCGAAACGGCGGCGUCUGCUCCGACCUGCUGAACGGCUACAGGUGCGCGUGCUCCGCGGGCUGGGAGGGGCCCGACUGCUCGGAGGACGUGAACGAGUGCGACUCGGACCCGUGCCUGAACGGGGGCCGGUGCGCGGAGUCCGCCUCCCCGGGCCGGUUCUCCUGCUCCUGCCCCCCGCUCUUCACGGGACGCCUGUGCCACCUGCCGCGCGACCCCUGCGCCGCCCCCCACGACCCCUGCCUGCACGGCUCCGCCUGCGGCGCGCGUGCGGACGGGUCCGUCUCCUGCACCUGCCUGCCAGGUGAGAGCGCGAACCGAACGACCCCCGGCACGCUGAGCACUUCAUCAUCUCCACCAUUAGCAUAGCUAUUAUAGCCUACCGGUGCUGUUACAGCACGCCUGAUUCAUAUGAGUCAUUA